AAAGAGUACACUAGUAGAGCGAAAAUGAGGAGGCCUCUGAUUGUAAUCUAACCUCAAUCAGUCAUUGAGCUGCAUUGAGCCUCAAUCACCUCAAUCGUACAGUGAUCGCUUAUGUGAUCGUGACAGCAAAUCGACAUUGAUACAAUGCAUCUGAAACAAAUCUGCAAUGUUGUCAUUCAGCGAAACAUUGGACUGCAAAGCGUCUACGCGAGGUGGCUCUUUACUAAGAAAUCGGAAUCGAAGGACGAGAGCUUUGACAUAACCUCUGCCGACGAGAAACCCAUAUACGCGGAAUCAGACAGCGAAGAGUUUCAGGCAGAGAUUGCCAGAAAACGGAACAAAUCUCGGCUCAGUUCAUCAGAUAGGAAUAAACUCAUGGGCUUGCGUCCUUAUGACAAAACUUAUGAAUGGUAUCACAACACGGUGAGAUACAAGAGACGUAUACUAGGUAGGUAUGGAUUGAAAGCCAUUGAUGAGCCUGCAGGAUUCGUUUGGCCCACUUUGGAAGAUGUCAAAGACAUGCAGGAAUAUGAAAACGUAGCAUUCCCGUUGUCCCUCCAAGAAAGGUGGAAAAAAUUGGAAGAAGCGCGGGAGAGGAAGGCUAAAUAUAGAAUUGAAAGAGAGGAGCAAAUACUUGCAAAUCUGUCAAAGAUGGACCAGUGGAUAGUUGAGAUGAAAGCAAGAAUUGAGAAGAAGAAAACAGAAAUGGAGGCUGCAAGGAUACGCAAGGAACAUUUGGUGGAGGAAGUUAGAAGGCAUUUUGGUUUCAAUAUCUCACCUCACGACAGCAGAUUUAAAGAGUUAUUAGAAGAGAAAGAGAAGCAGGAAAAGAAAAAGAAGAAGGAAGCUAAGAAGAAGGCAAAGCUUGCCAGGAUGACGCUUAUGGUUCACACACAGAUAAAAGAAUUGAGUCCAGAAGAAACAGCCGACAAAGAAAGCAACGAAGAUUCAAAGAAGAAAGAAGAACAUCCGACAGAAUGAUAACUUUUUUCAUUUAUGAGGUACAACGUAAAAUGUGCGUUUUAAUUGUAGCUAAUAAAAGACUUAAUUCAUCAGUUCUUUUUCA